CCCCGGGACGCAGUCCCAGCCCGGCGGGCAGCCCCAGCCCCUGCCGAUGCCGUCCCGGGGACGCAGACGCCAGAGCCCCUCCGGCCAGGGCAGGGACCCGGGCCGGCCCAGCCAGGCGGCCCCUACAGCCUCGCCCGCGAACCCCGAGACUGAGCUCCCCGCCUUCCCCGGCGGCAGGAAGUUGGCGCCGAAGAGAAGGCGGAUCCGAGCGCUUUCGGCCAGAGACUGGGAGGCAGAACGGCCUGGCCAUUCCACGGUUCUGAGCCCAGUGACCUCUUACUGAGCCUCUGGGAAGAAGUUAGGACGGCCUUGGUGAAGCUCUGACAGCCCCAUGGCCCUAGCCGGCCACUGAGCCCCACCAUGGGCAGCCUGUACUCAGAGUACCUAAGUCCCAGCAAGGUCCGGGAACACUAUAAUUACACCAAGGAGACGCUGGACACUCAGGAGACGCCCUCCCGCCAGGUGGCCUUGGCCCUCAUCAUCAUCCUCUGUUUCGCCAUCGUGGUGGAGAACCUGCUAGUGCUAAUCGCAGUCGCUCGCAAUAGCAAGUUCCACUCGGCCAUGUACCUGUUCCUGGGCAACCUGGCCGCCUCGGACCUGCUGGCAGGAGUGGCCUUCAUAGCCAAUACCUUGCUGUCGGGCCCGGUCACGCUGGGGCUGACACCAGUGCAGUGGUUUGCCCGAGAGGGCUCCGCCUUCAUCACGCUCUCCGCCUCUGUCUUCAGCCUCCUGGCCAUCGCCAUCGAGCGGCACGUGGCCAUUGCCAAGGUCAAGCUCUAUGGCAGCGACAAGAGCUGCCGCAUGCUGCUGCUGAUCGCUGCCUCGUGGCUCAUCUCACUUGCUCUCGGCGGCCUGCCCAUCCUCGGCUGGAACUGCCUGGGCCAUCUCGAGGCCUGUUCCACCGUUCUGCCGCUUUACACCAAGCACUAUGUGCUCUGCGUGGUCACCAUCUUCUCCGUCAUCUUACUGGCCAUUGUCGCUCUGUAUGUCCGCAUCUACUGCGUGGUCCGCUCCAGCCAUGCCGACGUGGCCGGCCCCCAGACGCUGGCCCUGCUCAAGACGGUCACCAUUGUGCUGGGUGUCUUCAUCGUCUGCUGGCUGCCUGCCUUUAGCAUCCUGCUCCUGGACUACGCCUGCCCCGUCCGGUCCUGCCCUGUCCUCUACAAGGCCCACUACUUCUUUGCCUUCGCCACCCUGAACUCCCUGCUCAACCCGGUCAUCUACACGUGGCGCAGCCGGGACCUGCGGCGGGAGGUACUGAGGCCGAUGCAGUGCUGCCGGCGGGCAGCGGGGGUUCAAGGACGGCGGGGGGGGACCCCGGGCCAUCGGCUCCUGCCUCUCCGCAGCUCCAGCUCUCUGGAGAGGGGCACGCACAUGCCCACGUCGCCCACAUUUCUGGAGGGCAACACAGUGGUCUGAGGGGCAAGUGGGCCACCAGGCCAUGGCAGCGGGCUCUGUGCAGAGGCGCCGGGUGACCUCGGACAGACAUGGGGGUUCUGCCAAGCAAGAUGCCCCCCACGCCACACACCUGGGUGAUAUUGAAAAUAUUUCACCCUGGGCACGGCCGGCUGAGACACCGACCCGUCGGAUGGCAGAGCUGCAGCAGGGUCAGAGGCUAGUGCAGUAACUGAAGUGACCCCCCCCCUUCAGACCUGAAUCAUGGGGAGGCCCCGGGGGACCGGGAAGGGGCCUAGGUGACAGCAGGCAAGCACUUGGGAGCUCAGGGCAGGAACAAUUUACAACCCGGUACAAGGGAUUUCAACAUUUCACGACUCUCUGACCCUCUGCCCUGUACAGAACUUCCCUCUCUGAAUCCAGCUCCCACACACCCCCCCCCCAGCCUGUCACCUUUUCCUGGCAACCUCAGGCCACUUCCCCAGAACCACUGUCCCAAAGGGCUGGGGGCCUCCUCCCUGACUGUCCUGGGCGGCCCCGGCUGACAGUUGCAAGGCCCAAAUCCACAGCUUCCCCAAAUUUCACCAGCUGCCCACUUUGGCUGCUUCUUCCCUUUCCUCUGGUCUCUCCACGAGAUGCUGGGAAACCACGGCGGGGGCGGGGGGGGGCGGCUGGAUGCAAUUCUCAGACCUCAUUGGCCAAUUGCACUAUCUGGGACACAAAGGAGUCACCAAGGGCUGGAAAAACUGAUCAGGGGGAGCUGAGAGGGCUCUAGGCCUCCUGGUGGGAAAGGAUGGAACUUGAGAAAGUUCUAGGGGAGCUGUUGGCACAGGACCCCCACUCCUAAAAACCACCCCCCCAAGCUACUCCCACGUCCAGCCCAGCCAAGGUAACCAGAUCUCCUGAGGCAGGGCAGCCUUGAGCCUGCUGUGCCUCCUUUUGAGUUGUAUUGUAUGGAGAAGCAUGGGGGUGGGGGGGCCAAGAACAACGCUUGUGGGGUGCUCUCCCCUCACCUGCCCCAGAAGGACUUUGCUAAUUCCUUGGAUAGAUGGAAGGGAUGUUGCGGUACAAAUGUAUAUUUAUGUGUGUCUGUGUGCACGUGUGUGUGAUGCGUGUGAUCUCCUCUCCCCACCGUGCUUCCCCAGAAUGGAUGCUAUUGUUGUCUCACGUCUGUGUUGAAGCUGCCAAAGAGGGGUCCGGCCCCUGCACAGACCCCUUUGUAAUUGCUGGCUCAUCUCCCCGCUUGAGAGCUGGGGUACAGCUCGCCUCGGGGAAGGAAACCUCAUGCCUCAAAGUGAUUUCUUGUGAAUGCAAAGGCUGGGGGAGGGGGCCUUGGGGGGCAAGGAGCCAGUUGGGGGCUUGUCUCCCCCCAUACAGCUCCCCAGAUGCCCCCCGUGCCUGAGACCCGGGCCCAGGCCAAUAAACGGUUCAAUCCCUUGUU